UUCGUCGAUACUCCAUUUUGGAACAGCAUUUUUUAAAAGUGCAAAAACGACGGAGGAAAACACGGAAAUUCGGGUGAAAAACGGGUCGGCGAACACACAAAUUAGCUGCAACCAAGACUGAUUCUAGCGGGGCAGUGUUUAUUGAGGUCGGCGAGCAAGCAGGCGCAUGUCUUAAGCCGCAAUCUACCACAAUCGAGAAAAAGUUUCAAGAUGACAUUACCGAGCACGGCCCGUAUUUAUGCAGAAGUGAAUUCGCAUAAGCCGCGCGAAUACUGGGACUACGAGAACUAUGUCGUCGAUUGGGCGAAUCAGGACGACUAUCAGCUGGUAAGAAAAUUGGGACGUGGCAAAUACAGCGAGGUAUUUGAAGCAAUCAACAUUACGAGUAACGAUAAGUGUGUCGUCAAAAUCCUCAAGCCCGUGAAGAAGAAGAAGAUCAAACGCGAAAUCAAGAUUCUGGAGAACUUGCGGGGCGGCACCAACAUCAUCACGUUGCUGGCGGUCGUGAAGGAUCCCGUUUCGCGUACGCCGGCGCUCAUCUUCGAGCAUGUGAACAACACGGACUUCAAGCAGUUGUACCAGACCUUGACGGACUACGACAUUCGCUUCUAUCUGUACGAGCUGCUGAAGGCGCUCGACUAUUGCCACAGCAUGGGCAUCAUGCAUCGCGACGUGAAGCCGCACAACGUCAUGAUCGACCACGAGAACCGCAAGUUGCGUCUCAUCGACUGGGGCUUGGCGGAGUUCUAUCAUCCGGGCCAGGAGUACAAUGUGCGCGUCGCAAGUCGUUAUUUCAAGGGCCCCGAACUCCUCGUCGACUACCAGAUGUACGACUACUCGCUGGAUAUGUGGUCUCUGGGCUGCAUGCUGGCCAGCAUGAUUUUCCGGAAAGAGCCCUUCUUCCACGGACACGACAACUACGAUCAAUUGGUGCGCAUCGCCAAGGUUCUGGGCACCGAGGAACUCUAUGCGUACUUGGACAAAUAUAACAUUGAACUCGACACGCGUUUCAACGACAUCUUGUCGCGGCACUCGCGAAAGCGAUGGGAACGCUUCGUGCAUUCGGAGAACCAGCACUUGGUGUCGCCCGAGGCGCUCGAUUUUCUCGACAAGUUGCUGCGCUACGAUCACUACGAACGCUUGACUGCGCGCCAGGCCAUGGAACAUCCCUACUUUGCCGUCGUCAUCAACGGGCAGCCCAACACCUCCUCCAAGAACAACUAACGAGAGACAUCCGAGGCGCGUUUUAGUAAUCAAUUCAAAUAAUUUCCUUUUACAUGCAGAGAGAACACUAAAAACACACAUCUAGAGCUAAUAAAUAAAUAAAUAAAUCCGAUGAAAUAAAAAAAAACUCCUCAAAUAAAAAAAAAUUAGGAUACAAAAAUUCGAUGGAACAGUAAAAAUAAAAAUAAUAACAGUUUAAUAAGUAAUAACAAAUAUAAACGUGCAUUCUACAUUAAAUAAUAAUAAAAAAAAAUAUUUAUAAAAUUAACUAUAAAUGCAAUUCAUUGGUCAUCUCCGCAAAAAAAAAAACGAAACAGUAUAUCUCAACUACUACUAAAAAAGAUCAACUUCGAAGAAUCAUGAAGACAAAUUCACACAUCUACCAUCCCCAGUCCUUCUUCCUCACACACACAGAUUGACAUCGGUAGCCAUCAAGAGACCUCUUUCAAUGGUCUGUCAUCGAAAAUAAAAAAAUAUCAAAAAAAUACUUUGACACUUGGAGUAUUUGUAGUCAUUUUUAUCAAAAUUAAACGGUCUGACGAGAAAAACAAAACAAAAAAAUCAAACGGGAUUAACGAUGUCAUCGGACUUAAUUGACACUGAAGGACACCACAAUUUUUAUUGGAUUAAAGCAGCUUUAAAUUUUUUUUUUCAUUUUCCAUGCCACCAUUCAUUCCAUAUUUAAAACUUUUUUUAAAAAAUAAAUCAAAUUCCGUUAAUUUCAUUUUGAAUAAAUUGUCUUCUGGUUCACUCUUUGCACUCAACUGGUCAAAAAAAAACUUGUUUAAGAAAUUUUGUUAUAAAUACAAAAAAAAAUUGUUCUGUUUUAUUUUAUAUAUGAAAAAAUCCUUUAAGCUCUUCAAGUAUUCUUUAAACGAAAAAAAAACAUAAAAUUAAAAAAAAACACAUGUAAUGAUACACGUAAAAAUAAUAUAACUGAUAAAGAAUAAAUGUUAAUAACAAAAAAAAAUUAUAAAAAAAUUAUUUUCAGAUGAAAAUCAGCAAAAAUUUGUGUGCAAAAAAAAAUUAUAAAGACAACUCUCAUUAACACACACCUCCCGCAAAUUUUCAUCGAAUUUUUUUUUCGUUACAAGUUUUUAAAUA